AUGACCAUCGGGAGCAUGCAUUCGGAUCCAGAACCCACCGAGGGACCGGCUCGCCCUGAUGGCCGAUGCGGCAGGCCAGCCAUCCGUCGUGACUCUCAGCAAAGAACUACACAAGAAUCAUUGGAAGAGAAGGCCGAGGCAGUCCGUGAUGCAUGCAAGUGGAAGGACAUUGCGAAACUCAGGUCGCUUGCAGAGUCCACAGGCGGGCUCCUCACCGAUGAGCUACGAAGAUUAGCCUAUGUCAUUACCUCAUUUUUGAUAUCAGGGCCUCUCUUACUUGGACUCUCACCGGAUCUUAUGAAUGAUGACGUUGAUGCAAGCUUCGAUGCUCAAGAGGCUGCGGCCGACUGGGAACAACUAGAACCCCAUCGCGAUGAAGAUCAAGUACAACUCGAUGUCAACAGGUCCUUUAUAUACUACCCAAAUGACAAGUCAGAGGCACAACUUGACAAGUGCAAGUCCGAGCUUUUGGUCCUAAUCGUUGAAGUACUACGCCGCCACCCGUAUCUCUGCUACUUCCAGGGAUUUCAUGACAUCUGCCAAGUAUUUCUGUUAGUAUUACAGCCUGGGUGGCGGGCACGCGUAGUCGCGAGGCUUUCGGUCCUCCGCAUCCGAGACUUUAUGCUUCCUAACUUGGGACCGACGACAGCACAAUUGCGCUUGCUUCCCGACUUGCUGGCCAAAGCUGAUAGCGAACUGCGCAAACAUAUUGCCACGAUAGAACCAUUCUACGCACUAGCGGGCACAUUGACCAUGUAUGCUCACAACAUUGAGGCUUAUGGAGAUAUUGCACGGCUAUUCGACGUUUUCUUGGCUAGAGAGGCUGUCUUCCCCAUCUAUGUGUUUGCCCAAAUUGUCAUGGGCCGAAGGAGCGAGAUCUUGGAUGUUGAAGAGCCAGACAUGUUGCAGGUGAUGCUCGCAAAAGUACCGCCCAACAUGGACUUAGAUUCCCUGAUAACAAACGCCGCCAGCCUGUUCGAUCAGUUUCCACCCGAGUCCUUACCUUCAUGGCGGCGAAUAUCGAAAUCGAGCACUCUGAAGACUGCUCGACACAUCGAGACAUGUGCAAAUCAAACCCUUGAGGAUGGUCGUGCGUUCUUCGAAGAACAGGCCAAGGAAGUCCGAUGGGCGGAGAAACGGGAUAGGAUUUCGAUGGCAAUCUGGAGAUACCGCCGGCCCAUCAGAGCCAUUGGUAUGACCACAGCUGUCGCCGCCGUUGCUUUUUAUCUGCGGAGAAAUCCAUCUGCAAUUCACUAUGUCAUGUCUCUUUUUCGCACAUUGAGUAAAGCUUAA